AUGUUCUUGGACGCAUGGCGAUUGGCACAGGCGCGCGAGUUUAAGGACAGGCGCAUCACCGAGCAACAGUUGCUCUCUCAUUACCGAACUAUUGAUGACAUGAUGCGCGACGUCGAGGGGAGCCGGAAUGAGCGGCAAUACUGGCUCAACGAAUCGAACCUACGGUCAUUUUACCUGGAGGAAUACGAGAUGAUAUUUGAUACAAUUGCAUCUUACGUUUCGAAUCUGAAAAGACAGCGCGGUCUGUUGAGAGCAAACGGGGCUACUGUACCAGCAAACGGGGCUACUGUACCAGCAAACGGGGCUACUGUACCAGCAAACGGGGCUACUGUACCGGCGAGCGAGGUCCCCAGCACGGGCGACAAUGCUGCUCAAUCACCGCCGGACCGGCCCGCGGAUUACGUCUUUGACUUUGCCGAUAUUCCUAUCAACAGCCCUAUGGAUAUGGGAGCGUUCAUCGUCGAUCACCCAAUCGUCAUGCAAGAUUCAGAGAUUGAAAAGCUUCGCGCAGCAGCCUACCUCGCAAUUCUCGAAAGAGGUGACAAGGAGCAAGCGCGCAACUACGUGCGCCACAUACUCGUGCUACAAUACGUCAGUCAUGCUGAAACGGUGAGUGGGCUGUAUCGAUUGCUCAUGGCGAUUACCACAGAUAGUCCUAAUUCCUCACCACCGAGCCGAUUCAGGCUCGACUUUGAAAGGGACGUCGAACAGGAGAUGGACAACAUUGACACGGCCGCGUGGAAUGACAUGCACACAGCGGUGGCAGAGGCGGCGGGAUGGACACAGAGUGAGUAG